AUGUUGCAGUACAUCGCUGCGAGCUGCGCGUUGCUGGCGCUUCUGUGCGCGCCGCCCAACUCGGCGGCCAUCCACAAACGCAGCGGCGCCAGGGCGGCGAAUGCGCUGGGCACCGAAGCGGAAGCAACGCCCACGCAACCGAAGUUAGUCGAGAACACGGAUUUGCUGGAUAAGCUGAGCUGGAAGUGCGCCAACAAUGCCAGCUGCCUGCACAGCGUCGCCAAUGGCAUCGUGGCCUCCUAUCGCCGCGGCGAGACCAUAAAGCUGGGUCUGUUCGAUCUGGUGCGGCUGCCGCCGCUGGACGAGGCGCACAGGCACAAGUGGGGCAGCGGCCGUGCUCUGUCCAGCUUCAUGGACUUUGUCAGCGGCAAUGCGAUACGCGUGCCCGUCGGACCAAUGGUGUUCAGUGUGCAGCGGGCCGAGGACGACAGCGAUUACAUUGAAGUGGCGCUGCUGAAGAAGGCGUCGAGUGGCUCAGGACGCCUGCAGGGCAACGGCGGCGGCGGCGGCGGACUUCUAGGAGGCGGCGGUGGCCUCUUGGGUGGCGGCAACGGUGGCGGCGGCGGCCUUUUGGGUGGCGGCGGUGACGGCGGCGGCGGCGGUGGCCUGCUGGGCGGACGUCGUCGUCAGCAGCAUCAGGACAAGAAACAGUUCCAAAUGUACAUACCCAUGUAUCUGGCCGCGACAACUUUUGGCUGGACCAUGGUGGCCGCCAAGGCGGUGGGCCUGCUGACCCUCAAGGCGCUCAUCCUUUCCAAAAUAGCCUUUGUCGUGGCCGCCAUUGUGCUGAUCAAGAAGCUAAUGGAUAAUGCCGGCGAAAAAAUGAUGUACCAGUAUCCGGAGCACACGCCCUACAUGAUGCCCUACGGCAUGGACUAUCCGAUGCAUGCCGCCGAGCUGUCGCCAGACAUGUUCCCCGGCGCACUGCAUCAGCUAGCCAUGGCCGGCGGCGGCCAAUUACCGCAUCCCGGCCAUCCCGGACUGGAGAGCAUGGCCGCCGAGAGUCAUCUGCAGUCGCAGGUCUCCAGCGAUGGCAGCAACAAUACCAAUCCGCUGGCCGCGCUCGGCGCCUACGGCGGACUGGGCCACAAGAUCAAACGUGAGGACUCUUGGAUAGCGAAGAGUAAGUCCACGCCGGCAAGACGACCGCUUAUCUACAACUAUGUGCAACCGCAGAUGCAGCUGCCCUUCUACCGCUCCUAG